AUGGAUCCGAUUCCGGUAAAAAGAGAGUACACCAAGAUCUCCACGGGGAACUUUUCGGUUAGCGAACACGUGACGCCGGGAAAUUUUGCCAUCUAUUCGACGGAUUUCUUUUUGGCUAUCCUGAUCGUCAUUCUCAACAGCAACUUUUUCAUCGUUCUAUUGAAGACCAGAUGUCUACAUUUGGUUGGUAUUGAAAUUCUUACAAGAGGGAUUUUUUCAGCCUCUGGUUAAGGUUCUGAGCACUUUUGGACUUGCUGAGUUCAGAAAAAAAAAUUUAAAAAUCCUUAAAAUAGAUCUUUUUUUAAGUUGUGAUCGUUUGAAAUUCUGAAACUUCGAAAAAUAAUGGAAAAAAAGCGUCAUUUGAAGAUUUUCCUGUAGCGUCAUAAAUCAGAUAUAAAAUCUAUUACGAGCUUUUUCUUUCACUAGUUCCAGGAGUUCCUAAAGUACUCCUGGCUAAGAAAGUUAGCUCACUUCAAGAAAAAAUUAAUUUUUUUGAAGAAUCUGAGGACAAUUCUGAUGAACACCGUCGUGGCCAACACGGCGUAUGGACUCACUCGAAUUUGCAUUUCGACGAUUUUAGGAAGCGCUUUUCUGUUCGACGUCGACAUAUCAAGUUGGUUUCUUUUUUCAAGCCCUAUCAAUACAAGAGAUGCCCAGGAAUUGAUAUUAGUAUAUUUUUUAUAACUGAAAAUAGUUAAAGGAUGCUUUUUUUUUGGAUUCGUAGCGUUGAAAAUCUCUAGCUAUGAUUUUUAGGCAAGAACUGA